AUGUAUAAAUCAACAUCGUUGGAUUCGCUUAAUUUACCGACCUCGAAUAUGUCAGUUUUGACAUCUACAGCAAAUCCAGCUAUUCAACCUAGUGCGUUUUCUAAACUGACUCGUCGUGUAGCAAUAAUUCCAACACCUAAUAGACCAGCUAAAUUACAAAAAUCUGAUAAACUUCAGUCAUCUAUUCAGGAAGAUAAACCUACUGAUUCGGAUAAUGAUCAAGAACAUAUUUUACUUAGUAGUAAACAAGAUUCUACAAAACUAUUAAAUUUAGGUGAUAAUCAGUCUAUUCAUGAAGAUCAUAACAAAGAUGAGGACGAUGACGAUAAUCUAUUUGAUAUAUUCAUUUGUGAAAAUUUCGUUCCUUUUUCCGGCAAACAGCCGGUAGAUCAAUGGUUAGAUCAGACCGAAACAUUAUUUAACAAAUUCAAAAUUUCACGUAAACUUCGUUUUAAAGCCGUACCGCUCCUAGUUAAUGGUGAACCUAAACGAAAAUAUAUUAAAAAUCGUCAUUCUAUUACAUCUUUUGAUGACUUUUAUGAAUUUUUGUUAAUGAAUUACGACACAGGUUCUUUAGUAACUAAUGCCUCAAUAGCUGUUCCAGCUAGUCAUAAGACGGAGAUCGUAAAAAAUUCUAUGUGUGAUGUCAAAUCGACUGUAGAUUCUACAUCGCACGUUGCGAAUACUACUGAUUUUAUUCAAAUAUCACAGUCAUGUGUUUCUUGUUCUCAUAAAGUCGCUACUGAUGAUACCACCAAAUCUGAUGGUGAUGUAUCAGAAUCUAAGUCAACUGGAGAUGUUUCAGUAAUUGAUAAGUUAUCGUUAGAUCCAGUUAUAAAUGAUUUACGUAAAGCGAUUGUUACAGAUUUCAUAAAAAAUCCUAAAGUAUUUCGUGGUAAUAAAGAUGAUAUAACCAAAUGGUUAGAAGAAAUCGAUCAUUUGAUGCAAACUGCGCAUCUUCCUGUUGCUAAUCGACUUGAUUUGAUUUCGUAUGCUCUCAGAGGAGAUGCUCUUCAAUGGUACCGAAAUAACCGAUCUACGUUAACUAGUUGGAAUGUAUUUCUUCAAGAAAUUAAGAAAGCAUUUACGUCAUCUUUUUGCGAAGAAGUAGCUUUCAAAACUCUUGAGUCAUAUGCACAAGGUGCAAAUCAGUCGGUUAGAAAUUUCUAUAAUGAAGUUAUAAAGUUGUGUAAACAAGCUGAUGCUAACAUGAGUGAAUCAACACAAUUGAAAAAUUUAUUAAAUAAAGUUAAACCUAGCAUUCAACUCGAAGUACGUAAAAAGAAACCGAAAACAAUUACUGAAUUUUUAGAGUAUGCUAAAGAAGUUGAGGAAUUAUUACAACUAUCUAACAUUAACAUCGAUACUGAUAUUAACUAUCAUGGUACAUUGACAGCUCCUCAUAAAGCAAUGACUACGUCUAAUACUUUUUCUUCAAAUUAUUCUAACAAACCUAAUAAUAGAUACAGUUCUAUAUUUCAAAAGGAUUCAAGCAAUAAUCCAGUAUCUUAUUCCUAUACAUCUUAUAAGUCCGAUACAGCGAAACCCGAAUGCAUACAAACUCCUCAUUCGAAUUAUCGUUUUCAAUCUAAACAGUAUGCUUCGACACGUAAUAAACGCAAUGAUAAUAUUAAUAAUGGUUAUCAUAAGCAAAACAAUAUACAGCAAUAUAAGCCUAUUGCUAAACAGAUUCCUAAAGAAAAAUCUACUUCACUUAAUGCAGUCUUUUCAUCGACAUUUUCACCCAAAGAUGACAAUAGUUGUAGUACUUUAUCAUCAAUUGUCUUAGUGGAGUCAUCGAGAGAUGGUGUUGACUCCGGACAGCAAGUUAUAAAUCCAUCAAAAUCAUCAUUAAUUUUUAUUAGCGCUUUAGUAAAUGAACAUAAGUUACAAAUUCUAGUAGAUACCGGAGCAACUAACACAUUUAUUAAUAAAAGAAUUAUACAUCGUAUAGUAACAAACAAGGAUAUAUUAAAGCAACCCUAUUCAUUUUUAUUAGCUGAUGGUCUUGCGCCAUUUCGUGUUUUGGGUAAUGUCAAUCUAGCUAUAGAAUUCGAUUCUCUAGUUACAACUAUCGAAGCACAUGUUGCCGAAUUUUUAUGUACUGAUAUGAUUAUAGGAAUGGAUUACAUUAAUAAAUAUAAUCUGAAUAUAAACGUGAAAAGACAAACUAUCACUAUUGAAUCUAAUCAUAAAUUAGUCGAAGUUCCCAUUAUUCGCCAGACCAAAUCUGUAAAAAUACCAGUUUUUUCUUCUAAUACAAUAUCCUUUUCUCCCUAUUCUAAACGAACCGUGUUCGUAUCUAUUCCUAUAUCAUCUGUGUCUUUAUCGUUUACUCCAUUAUCUUCUUUAAAGCAUUAUGUUUUUACGAAAAAUAAACACGAUAUUAUAAACUUUCGAAAUUAUCGUUCUCAUAUCAUAAUUUCUAAUAUGUCAUUAAAUCCUAAAAUAAUUAGAGAAGGUGUGUGUCUCGGCUAUUUGUCUUGUUACCCGAGCUUUCAAGGUACACGCGUCUUUCGCUCGUCUUUAUAUCGAUCACUUGGAGCUGCCAGACACGCUGGUAUGACUCCAGCAUUGGGUGAUUUCGUUACAGAUAGUAGUUCUACUAAUGAUUCAUCUGCUUCAUGUCAUACAAUUACUAAGAAUUCUUAUGACUCACAACGUUCUUCAGGAAAAGUCAUUUCUAAUUCACCACAGUUUAUUAAUUCUAUUGUAUUACAACAUAUACACGCACUUGUUGAGAAAAUUCCACAUACUCAACAAAGACAAAGUCUUUUAUCGUUAUUGAUGCGAUUUCACACUGCUUUCGAUACAACAAAUCAUAAUAUUGCUCGAACUCGUAUACAUCAUGUUAUUAAUACCAUUCCUCAUUCGCCUCCUGCCAGUAGACCGUAUCCUCAACCAGAUACAGAAGAGGCAAUGUAUAAAUUAAUGCCAGAAUUUUUGAAAGCAGGCCUUAUCAGAGCUUC